ACGCAUUUUGCAUUUAAACAACCGAAAUGUCGUUUUUUUACCAAAGAGGCCGUGAACGCUUACAGCAAGCAACUCGACAGCGAGCAUCAGGAUUUAAACUUCGUAAUCUAAGAUAUAGCGCUGAGAUAUGGAGUUGAAGUUGUUUAUGUUGAUGAUCUGCUGCAUUCAAAUCCAUGGCAGUAAAACAAUCAGACAACACGCGUGUACCAAGAAACAUCGUAAUUCGUUCCUGUGGAAAUUGAAGCGAGAACCUCCCGUUUAUUUCUUUGGUACAAUACAUGUUCCCUAUACGAGGGUGUGGGAUUAUAUACCAACCAAUACAAGGAAAUCUUUCAUCGAAAGCGACAAUGUUUAUUUCGAAUUGAACCUCAAUGACGUCACAACAGGGAUGGCACUUUCGCGUUGUGCGCAACUUCCGGUCGGAAUGACUGUAAAGGAGGUACUUCCCCCUGAUAUUUACUUCCGGUUGAAACGUCAUCUUGAUUACGUCAAAGGUGCAAUGACGUCAUGGAUGACAUCAGUACAAAGAAAUAAAGGACUCACAGCCAGCUUGAUGUACAACGAGAUAGCUGGAGGUUGGGAACGUAAACGACCCAUCUGGAUCAUGCUUAUGAUAAACGCUCUCACCAAACCGGAUAUCCGGUCACGUGGACUUCCGGUUCUUGACGUUCAUCUUGCUCGACAAGCGGGGGUGAUGGGGAAACACGUGGGGGCGAUAGAAACAGCGGAGGAACAAUGCGAGCCCUUUAAUGGACUCAAUAGAUCCCAGGUGAUAUUCGCGUUGAACCAAACACUUCUUAUCCAAGAGAAAGUUCGGGAAGGUCUACUUCGUAUUCCUUACAACAUGGAUGAUAUGGUUGUUCAAUAUAACUGUGGAAAUACUAACUCAAGCCUGUUUGGUGUUGGACCAACAUUCGUUCCCUUACGAUCCAAUCAUCACCCGAGUACAACUGAAUCUGAUGACGUCAUUGUUCAAAAUGAUGACGUCACAAAUUUUGACAAUUCUGAUUCAAUUGAUGACGCAAUAUUUACCGAUGGCGCCGCUACUGGCGAAACGAACACAUCUCGUGACGUAACGAACGAUGACAUCAUAAUGGAUAACGCGAUGGCGUCCGAGAUAGACGAUUACUUGAAGGAGGAAUUAAUCUUCCGUAGAAACAAGAGGAUGGCGACCAGAGUCCAGGAUUUGGUACGGAGAAGGAAAGAUGAAAGUCUCUUCUUCGCGUUCGGUGCUGUUCAUUUUCUUGGAGAGAAAUCUGUUCUUGACCUGUUGUCACGUGACGGGUUCGAAAUUGAGAAUGUGAGAAGUAAACCCCAUGACAGGCGGGCAGUAAAGAGCGGAAGUCAUCAAUCACGUGACGAAGGUCACCUGAAGAAAACCCACCACCGGAAAUCGGGAAAAAGUUUGCGAAAAAUAAACGAGUUAUGGAAACAAAUGAAACGGAGAUCCGAACCUGUGUUUAAUGAAGAUCCGUUCUUCCGGUCCCCUAAUCGUCAUUUCCGUUUUGAAUCUGGACCGGAAACUGCGUCAGAGGACAUUGGUGACGUCAUAGUGGUACAUCGCGAUGGUUACUAUGACGACGAAAUACCUCGUUACGUCAUAUGCUACGGCAUAAAUGACGCAACUAUAGCAUCAUUAAACUUAAUCAUGGUCGGAAUUUUGACACUCUUGUCAUUUUUUAUGACGUGUUGAUGACGUCAUAUUUUGAUGACGUCAUAUUUUGAUGACGUCACUUUUUGAUGACGUCACUGUUUCUCUCACUGAACUUUCCCCUUUUCUUUUCUUUUUUCAUUCCGUUCAUGCUUCGAAGUCAAACAACACGAUGACGUAAGAAGUUCAUUAUGACGUCAUUACCACGUUGAGCUUCCAAUAUCUGCAAGUUUCACUUCGCUGCUUUCUGUGCAAUAAAUAUUUAUAUUUGA